AUGCCUCCAACCAGCAACUUGAUUGGCACUGCUACCCGUUACAUCGCAGGAAGAAAUGCUGUCCAGACUGUUUACUGGAAGACCUGCGGAACCGACAAUCAGAAGCUACUGAAGCUGUCCAAAACUUGCAAUUUUGGAAGAGCUCCCAGUCCACCUCAGAAAGUUAGAGAGCUGCAACAGGAUUAUUCUCAACGCGGCGAAACGGCUUACGGCGAAAUGGCUUGCGGCGGAACGGCUUGCGGCGAAACGGCUUGCGGCGAAACGGCUUGCGGCGAAACGGCCGCGACGAAUCGGCCACGGCGAAUCGGCUGCGGCGAACUGUACUAG